AUGGCCUUUGAUUCCAUUGCUAUGCAUCUGCUCGACUGCAUCUGUGGCCUUAACCUCCCACAUCUUCCUGCGGUUCUCCUCCACGUCCUCCGCUGUCCCCCUACUCUCCCUCUGAGCGCUCUGCUCCCCAUUCUCCUCUUGGUUACCCGCCAUCGCGUCCAGCUGUGGCCCUCACAGGGCGCGCUCGCUGGCUCUCACCUGACAGGUCCCUGGCCUCAGGACGACAGCCAGCACCAACAAUCUCCCUACAUGAGGGACAAAGCGACUCAGACCCCCAGGGCCUGGGCAGAUGAGAGGAGGAGGGGCUCUCACAAACGCUCGGCCUCCUGUGGGAGCACCGAUCAGCUCAAGGAGAUUGCCAAACUGCGUCAGCAGCUUCAGCGCAGCAAACGCAGCAGCCGCCAUCGGAGGGAUAAAGAGCGCAAGUCCCCGUUCAAUGGCAGUCACACCAUCAUCCAGUCGCAGUCACCUAUGCCCAAGACUAUUCUGAUACCCAUCCCUAUAUCCAAGUCAUCGGCCCCUCGUUUCCGAAACAGCGUGGAGGGCCUCAACCAGGAGAUCGAACGCAUCAUCAUCCGAGACACCCCUGAAAAGGACGAGACUAUCGUUCCACAGGAUGUCCCAGAUGGGCACCGUGCACCCCCACCCGUCCCCCCACAGCGCAGCAGCAGCACCCGCAGCAUCGACACACAGACUCCCUCAGGGGGCGGCCUGAGUGGUAACCACAGCAAUUGCAGUAGCCGUCCUGACUCCAUCUCGCCCUCCUACCUCACCGUCCUCAAUGACACGGGUGGAGGCAGCCCCUAUGAGGACAAAGAGCUGGGCCCCUGCUCCCCGCUGCCUAAAUACGCUGCUUCUCCUCGACCCAACAACAGCUACAUGUUCAAGAGAGAACCUCCAGAGGGCUGUGAGAAGGUCAAAGUGUCCGAGGAGACCAUGCCCAAACCUCUGCAGGAGAUCCCUCCUUUCUUGUGUCCCGACCGCAACAAGGUCAACUUCAUCCCCAACAGCGGCUCUGCCUUCUGCCUCGUCAGCAUCCUUAAGCCCUUACUCCCCGCCCCGGACCUCAACUUCCGCUCCGGGGUGGGCCUCCGAAGCCUGUCCCCGUCCCUCGUGCCUCUGUCCACCCAGCCCUGCCUCCUGGAGGAGCCCGAGAGCUUCUGACAGCCCACGAGGGCUUCAAGUCACCACAGCCCCCAAAAGGUCCCCCCAACAAAAUCAAAAUACAUUUACCAGGAAACAACCCUUCUGCUCCAAAAAAAUGCCUUCAGCAUGCCAGCUAAGCUCUCUCUGAUGUCCUUAUCUUGUUGAAAAAGCGCUUCCCACUGCCUCUCCUCCUCAGACGACUACAACGUGAGAGUCCAGCAGCCCUGUGCGGGUGUUUGCAGCUAACAUUUCAUCGCUUUCUUCUACCUUUAGUGCUGGUUAUGUUCCUGUUUUUUGGGAGGAAAAGGGCGAAAGGACAGACUCUUUUAUUUCAUCGUAUUAUACCAUGGCGCCUUUCCACGGACAUAUCUCUUUUUCUAUCUGUAGUUAUUUCUCUUGAUAUAUAAAAUAUGCCUUCCAUUAAGAAAAAAAAAAAGGCUGCUGGUUUCCUUGGCGACCAAGAGUUUGACCACGGAGGCUAAUUUUGGUGCUGCCAGAUUUAUCGUAGCAAAACUUGAACGGUCGCGAUAAGGAGAAGUUAAAAAAUGUGCCUGAUAUUUUAGACCGCUCAGUUUCGCUAAACCAGUGUAGUGCUCGGAUCAUGUUUGUUUCUUUAGCAUGACACACAUGAUGUUUGCACUAUGAUGGCCAUAGAUACAUACAGGAAGGCAGGGACAAGCAAAAUAUAUACAAGUAAGCCCACACUUAGAAACAAUACAUAUUAAGACCACCUGUGAUCUAAAUCCAGACAUCUGUUUUGUACUUUCAUCAGCCAUUUACAGUGAAAGCUGACUGUAAACUGGUACAAGCUGAUGCCUUUGUUACGCUAACUGGUAGCAGUGAACCGGUCCCCUGCCGGACGGUGUGUAUCUAUGGGAAACACAGGCCAGGGCUAUGAUGUGUGCAGCGUGUUCAACCUGUGUCUGCUUGCCCCUUCUUCCAAAGCGCCAGCCUUUGCUCGAAAUGUCCCUUUUGACUUCACGUCCAUCACAACUGCCCCCUUCUGUUCCUCCUCCUUCCAGCUCUUUCUCUCCUUUUCUUUCCCUCACUGUAAUGCUGAUUUCCUUUUGUCUUGCUCAGCUAGUGUUGUUGUGAAAUGUGUCCAGAAGGGCGUCGUCCUCGCAGGACGGGCUCUCUCUGGCUUGCAGGGCCUUGAGCAAGGAGAGGUUGGUACACCCAAAUACUACACUGCAGAACAUGAUGGUAGAUGAAGUUCUACGAAUCAGAUUGAACCCAACAGUGUUGUGUUGUGUACUCAAAUGGUUACCAUUGCCCAAAAAUGAUAGAUCAUUGCAGGUUAUGACUAAAUACGCAACGUCUUGUGUGGGCGUGGUUUGAUCAGAUUUGACUGACAGUGGCUGGUGGCUGUGGCUCAGGAGGUAGAGCGGUUGUUUGACCCCUGGCCUCUGCAGUCUACAUGUCAAAGUGUCCUUGGGCAAGAUACUUCCGUUACGGUGUAUGAGUGUGAAUUGUUAUUAGGGCAGAACGAUAUGGAGAAAAUCAAAGUUCACAAUAUAAGCUAAGAAUGAAAUCAAAUGAAGUUACAUCACUUUACUGUAAUGCAGCCUUUAAAACCAGGAAACAACACCACUUACUGUUAUUAGUAUCUGUACAACCAAUUAAAUUAUCUUGAUCUGUAUCCAUAGUCGGACUAGAUGGGGUUCACACUGGAAACUGGGUGUGCUUUAAGACAGAAACAGGCAGAGUUUAAACCAGAGAACUGGAAAAUGGCUGGGUCCUAACCUUAAGUUUUUAUUUCUAACCUGAAAUUGAUAUGGGUUGAUACCUGUAUAUAUUAUUUAUUAGAAAACGUAACUAUUUACAGACCAAUCUCAGGUUUGAUCUUAGAUUAUUUUUGAUCUGAAGAUUAAGAGAUGAGGAUUUUCUGUCAUCACGAGUGCACUCUGACAGAUUUUACUCAGAUGAUACUCGUAAAAUCUAAGACAUCUAAAAUAUGUAGUUUCAUACAACAGUAUCAAUAUAUUGAUAUACUGACAAGCCCUAUUGGUUUUUGCUCCUGAUGAGCAGGUGCCGCCUUGCCUUGUAAAGCGCUUUGAGUGCUUGCCAAGCACAGAAAUAUGUGACAUCAUUUUUUUCCCCAGCUGAGGUCUGCUCACUUCAAACCAGCAACCAAAGCAAGAACUGUAGUUUAUUGGUUGACAGCCUCUCCGUGCUCCGGCCCAUCUUCCUGUAAAUGUCAUUACUACUUGACUGUGCCUGCUACGGUGGGAUAGGAAUGUACUGGGUUUGUAAAUAUAGAGGCACACUGUGUUUGUAUUAUCGGCUGACAAAGAUAUGUAUCUGAAUGAGUCAACAAUUGUACCAUACACCCCUCCUCCCCUCCCGCUCCUCCUCCUCCCCCCUCCUGCUUUUUCUCCGCUGAGUACUGUGAAUUACUACAUGUCUCAUUAUUGUGAAUAAUAAUGUAUUUAUUUAUCAGGAGUGUAAUUGGGUCUUCAGAGAAUUUUAAUAAAGAAUAGAUUACAUCGUCCAUCUCAGGUUGUAGUGAAUAGGAUACAAAAAAAAGAAGAGAUAUACUAACUUCUCAGCGCACACUAACAAGUCUACUAUUAAAGAGAGCAAACCAACAGCUGCUAUCUAUGUAGCCUCACACAGUGGAAAUCCUGAAUGAUGUAAACCUGUAGCAGAGUAGAAGUAGAGAGAAGUGUGGAUGUCAUUUAUCCAGUGACCUGAUUUGGCAUGAGUAACGUUUUUCUCGAGAAUAAGUGAAGAAACAAAGAGUUCAGUUCCAAAAUGAGAUAUCCACUUGCUGAAAAACAAUCACAUCUACAGCGACAUGUUCUUAUUUGUCGUUUUUAGACGUCUGUUUACAAAAACAAAAGUAGUUUGAAAGAGCAGAUUCAUACGAAUACAGAUUUAUUUCAGAUAUUUUUUUUUUCAAAGUGGAUAAACCGCAUUUUGGAAUGAGGCUCAACAAGAGAAACACUUAACACAAUGAUUCUUUGUUUGCUUGUCCAGUUUAUUGGAAAUAGAACUGCCAAGUUUUCAUCUGUUAAACCCCUCGAGUGAAAUAAAAAGGCAUAGUUGAAUUAAAUAAAGCAUUUGUGA